AUGCCCCGUGCCAAAUCGAAGGGGAGAUUGGGGACCCAGGGGGCUCGCAACAACAAUAACACCGGAUUCAAUGAUAUUGCGGCCUUUUUGGAGUGCCUUGAAUCAAUUCCAUCCACGGCUGACGGAGCGAGUCAGCAUCCUCUAGUCCGUCCAGCAAAGCGGGCGAAGACGGCCGGGGUCUUGGCAUCAGUGACCAUUGCGCGAGAGCAUUUGGCUGUUACCCUCAGCAGUGCCUCGGGGUAUCAUGGACCUCCGAUUGUAUCAAGGCGCGGGGUCGGAGAAAUGUUCGACGUUCGGCUUCGUGAGGCAGGACAAGAGGGGCCAAUGCCUGGCGAGUGGCAAUUACAACUUAAGCCACGAAGCAGUUACCGCACUCGUGGGUUUGUGGUCUUGGUUUCGCUGGGAGAAACCAGGAUCUCUGCAGAGUUAAGAGCAGCUUUGCGAGUGGCCGAGGUGCAGGCUUUUGACCCCGGCGAAGAGGGCUGUCUAUGGGCUGCGAUAGACUUUACUGCACAUCAAAACGGGGAGUCAACCGAGUUGAGGAUGUCGAUUGAAGUCCGAUGGAAUGGAAUGUCGACAGCAUGGGGAAGUAAAGGGUGGAAUUCGAAUCCGCAACAAGCCCUACGAGAUGAAAUCUUCCAAGUCUGGUAUCCGGAGCUUCGUUUGCAAAGCGAUGGAGAGGCCCCGUCGUGGUCCCCCCAGGAUUUCUACGAGGCCGCUUACGUCCCCGACAAGAUUGGAACUGAAGCUGAACUCAAUUCCAUGGACAUCCCGGGCUUGAAAGCGACUCUGUAUCCGUUUCAGACCCGGGCAAUCCAAUGGCUUUUGCAGCGAGAGGGUGUGAAAUGGGGUCAAGAUCUCUCGAGCAACAAACCAGGCAUCCAGCCAUACGUUCCGCAAGAAAUCACGGAGCCGAUUUCCUUUACGGAAGCCGCAGAUGUUGAUGGCAAUGCCUUCUAUCUGAGCUCGUUACUCGGGGCGGCUCUCAAAAAUACAUCGCCCAUUCGGCAGCUCCAGGAAAUUCGCGGUGGAAUUCUCGCCGAGGAGAUGGGACUCGGGAAGACACUGGAAAUCAUCGCAUUGAUACUCCUGCAUCGGCGCCCUGAAGGGCCUGUCAUGCUGUUUGAUUACUUUUUGGGACGUCAGCUUCUCACAACCUCGGCGACCCUGAUUAUUGCGCCGACCCCACUGCUCGACCAAUGGAUUUCUGAGCUGAACAGGCACGCACCGGGCCUCAAAGUCAUGAUCUAUCCGGGAGUCAAGGCGGUAUCAAAGGCGAAGGACGAUGACGGGCUUUCCGCAGAGAGCCUAGCCGAGCAAGACGUGGUGAUCACCACAUAUGAGGUUCUUCGCAGAGAGAUCUGGGCGGCCGCCGACGAGCCAACUCGGUCUCUACGCGGUGAGAAGCAAUACGAGCGUAUCAGGUCCCCACUAGUGCAGCUCUCUUGGUGGCGAGUGUGCAUUGAUGAGGCGCAGAUGGUUGAGAACUGGACGAAUAAUGCAGCAAAACUUGCGAGGAAGAUUCCUCGGGUCAACGCUUGGGGUGUCACAGGCACACCGGUCAAAGAUGAUGUCAAGAAAGAUCUUCGGGGUUUGCUGCUCUUUCUUCGGCAUGAACCGUAUGCCUCCAACACCAAGAUCUGGAACGCGCUCACUACUUUCGACAAGGACUCAUUCCGAAAGAUCUUCAAUUCGAUAUCGAUGCGCCACAGCAAGAGCCACGUCAGAAAUGAGAUCGCGAUCCCGCAGCAGAGGCGUUAUGUCAUCACCAUGCCGUUCACCGCCGUCGAGGAACAGCAUUACCAAGGUCUCGUCUCCCAGCUCGCCGAAACCUGUGGCUUGGACCCGAAGGGGAACCCGCUGCGGGGUGAUUGGGACCCGGAAGACCCUGCUAUACAGCGCCACAUGCGCGUCGCGCUCGACCGACUCCGUCAGACGGUAUUGCACCCUGAAGUGGGAGGGCGGAACAGGCGUGCGUUUGGACAAAAGGCCGGCCCGAUGCGGACGGUCACUGAGGUCUUGGAUGCGAUGCUAGAACAAGCCGACACCACGGUGAGGGCGGAGCAGCGCGCACUGCUCUCGGCCAAGGUGGAUAAGGGGCAGGUCAUCGCUUGUCAAACCCGGGCGGAAGACGCCCUCGCGGUGUGGUCUAAGGUUGUCGAGGAAAGCGUGGAGUUAGAGACUGAACUGCGGGCCCAGUUGAAACUAGAGAUUGAGGCAGAGUCGCGCAGAGUGUCGGAAAGGGACGAAGAUGAGGAGGGCCACGAGGAUGUAACAGCGUUGCGCACCGGAGAGCUUCGUCGCCGGUUACGGUCGGUACUUGAGAUUCAGCACCGCGCCAUAUUCUUUUGCGGGAAUGCAUACUUCUCGAUGAAGUCUAAGGGGGAAACGGUGCCGCCUGAUUCGGACGAGUUCAAGGCGCUGGAGGCGAAGGAGGUCGCCGCGUAUGACCGAGCUAAGGAGGUGCGAAGAGAGAUUCUUCAGGAGAGCCAUGGAAAAGCAAAGAAAUUGAUGGAGCGGCUUACCAAGGCAGCACAACAACAAGCCUUCGCGGUUAUCCCAGCUUUCGAGGAGAUUGACAAGAGCGGGAUCGAAACCCGGCGAAUUGCGGAAGCCCUCGAGGAGCUCAAUGGCGCGUUGGACGAUCAAGCUGGUGAGCUUGACAACUGGCGUGAACAUGUCAUCCAGCUGCUCCUCAAGCCCCUUGUCGACGAGGAAAGCGAGGAAACCACCGGUGAAGAAUACGGGGACUCAACCAAGCUACAGGAUGAGAUUCUGGUGUACCUCCAGGCGCUGCGGAUUGCCGUUGCGGACCGGCAUGCCGCCAUCACGGGGCAGAAGAACUUCCUCGUGGAACACGAGAUGAAGGUGGCCGCGCGGAUGGCCGCAGCGGGGGAGGGCCCAUUCCCGGAAAAGUUUCUCCAGCUCGUUGCGAUUUGUGCGAAGAUCAAGCCGCCGUUCGCCGAGCGAGACCCCCUGACGUCGAUGCGUGGCAUUGUUUCUGAACUGCGAGUCCUUGCUGUCCAGCUCCGCAACCAGGUAGCCACAGGGUCCGCUCGAGCUUCCACUGAGCUGGCCUUGGUGACAAACCUGCUGAAGUCGACGCUUGAUUAUCAGACAGAGCAGACUAAGGCGGCCGUGGCUAUGGACAAGGAGAUUGAGCGUUUCAUGGACAUGGUGAACGCACGGAUCGAAUAUUACCGCCAGCUGCAGGAGGUUUCCGACACGGUUGCUGAGUAUGAGGGUUCCCUGGAGGCCCCGGCGCUGGAGGCCGCUCUGGAGGAAUCGGAGAAACAAGAAGCAAACCUGGAAGAAAAGUUGAACGCUGCCGCGGCAAAGCAUCGUUAUUUGGUGUUUCUGAAGGAACAAGAGUCCAAUUCGGGCGAGCAGCGGAUGUGUAUCAUCUGCCAGUCGGCUUUCUCAGUUGGUGUCCUGACCAUCUGCGGUCAUCUCUUCUGCAAGGAAUGCAUCACUCUGUGGUUCCGGGCACACAGAACGUGCCCGAUGUGCAAGAAACGCUUGACCCAGUCAAACUUGUACGACAUCACCUUGAAACCCCAGCAGCUCAAGGUACAUUCGGAAGCGCACGAUAGAGGCGGGGACAAUCCCAAGCAAACAGACACGGCCCGGCCCGAAAAGGUGUCGACGAUCUACUCAGAGUUCCACACGGACAAACUCAACGAGAUCAAGGACAUUGACCUCGACGGCCCGAGCUUCACCACGAAAGUAGACAUGCUAGUCCGCCACCUCCUCUGGCUCCGACAGUCCGACCCGGGAGCCAAGUCCAUCGUCUUCUCCCAGUACAAAGAAUUCCUCGACGUGCUAGCCCUCGCCUUCCGGCGCUACCGCAUCGGGUACACCUCCUUCGAAAAGGCCAACGGCAUCGCCAGCUUCAAAGAAGACCCAGGCACCGAGGUCUUCCUCCUGCACGCGCGCGCCCACGCCAGCGGCCUCAAUCUCGUCAAUGCCAGCCACGUGUUCCUGUGCGAGCCGCUGCUCAACACGGCGCUGGAGCUGCAGGCCAUCGCGCGUGUCGACCGUAUCGGCCAGGAGAGCGAGACCACCGUGUGGCUGUACAUUGUCGAGGGCACCGUCGAGGAGUCCAUCCACCGCCUGUCAGUGCAGCGGCGUAUGGAGCAUAUGGGACGUCAGAAUACCAACACUAACAACAACAACCACACCACCAACAACAGCCCAGACAAAGGCAAAUCCAAGGAUCCAACCCCCGAGUUACUAGACGCCAAACUCGACGAAGCCAACGCACUCGAGAUGCAGCAGGCACAUCUGUCGAAACUGAUGGGCAAGGACGGGAUCUCGGGGGAGGCGGUGGACAAGGCGGAUUUGUGGACGUGUUUGUUUGGACACUUGCACUCGGAGAAAGAUGGGGGUGGUGGGAGGAGUGUGGGUGGGGAAGGGGCUGCGCGGCCGGUGAGUUUGUCUACGAGGCGGUUUUUGGCUGUGGAGGCGGCGGAGGAAAGGAUGGAGGGUCGUAAGUCGUAG